AAAUUUGCCAAAUUGAAGAAAACUUAUCAGGACUCGGGAGAGGGAGAGAGAGAGAGAGAGAAGAUAAACUGAACCAUGAACGUAGAAGAAGAGGUUGAGCGACUCAAAGAAGAAAUCAAACGGCUCGGCAAGAUCCAAGACGAUGGCUCUUACAGGGUCACAUUUGGUGUGCUAUUUCACGAUGACAAGUGUGCAAACAUCUUUGAAGCACUUGUAGGGACAUUAAGGGCUGCAAAGAAACGUAAAUUUGUCACAUAUGAUGGUGAGCUACUGCUACAAGGUGUUCACGAUAAUGUCGAAAUUAUACUCAAACCCACUCCAGCAGCAACAUCAACCGAAGCUGUUGUAAAGAGUUAGUUAAUCUGCUGUUUCCUUCAUCAAACCUGAUAUGGAAAACCUUUGUAUUGAUGCAUUAUGUAUGAUGUGUGAUAUUAGAGUGAGUUAAUCUGAUGUUGCCUUCAUGAAACCUGAUAUUGGUAAACCUUAGUAUUGAUGCAUAUGUAUGAUCUGUGUUGUGUGGGUCCAAAUGAAUUAAUGGGCCACUAAAUUACCAUUAUUUCUUAUCAACAAUUUUAUUAAAUUGGAUUUCCUGUAACCUACUUCUGAGAUUGACCUGAGUGGGAUUAGGAUUCUGUCAAUCUGCUGUGGCA